AUGGCUGUUUGCCUUUCUGCCGACGCAGCCGGCAGCAAUUGCAAAUUAAACAUGAUGGAUGGUGCAUGUGAUGCUCCGGAUGAAACGCCGCCGGUGACUCUGGGCCGAAGUUCUAAUCUACUCCCAUUGCAGCCUCAGCCCGCUCGACUGUCAAGAGUACGAUUCCUCUCCGACGACAAUAUAAGUUCACGGCAAAACUCCGUCCAAUCUUCUGCCGAAAUGACUUCUCGACAAGCAAGGAAUGCUUUUACCAACCCGUUCUCUGAUGAAGGAAGUACUGGCUCCAGAAGAACAUCAAGCUCUUCUGAUACAACAGAUUAUUUCCGCCCCAACGCCUUUGCAGGUCAUCGAGAUACGUUGGCGAGGUUGCCGCUUGCCGUUUCACUUCAUAAGUGCGGCGGCAUAAUUUGGGAAGAGGAGUCAACUUCUGAUGAUUCCGACGUGAUGGACCGCCCAUACCCAUACCCGUUGCGUGUUUCUCGGAAUGGCAGCGUUAUGGGUCCUAUUUUCCCUCGACAAGUUAUCGAUCGGCUGUUGAGGGAUAUGUCCUUCGAGGACUAUAAAAGCCUGCGUUUGGUAUGUCGUCGAUGGAACCGCGAACUUCCUCGGCCCAACUUCCCGGCCUUCUACCGUCUGCCACAAGAGCUAGUGCAGCAGAUCUAUACCUAUCUGACUCCCUCCGACUAUGAUGCCGCACGACAUGCUUGCAAAGCCUGGUAUCUCGCCAGCCUUGAUCGAAACGUCCAAGAGCUUAUGCUUCGACGUCAAGGAAGCCACAAUGCUCUGGCUGCGGAUCUCCAGCGAUUGGGAGGAGUUUCCGAUGACGGAGCUCGAGGUCGCAGUAGCCAGAGAACACUGGCAGAGUUUUCCGGUGACUACAUUUUUGAUCAGGAAUGGGUCUGCUCGAAAAGACUUGCCACGGAAAGCAGACUCUCGGCUGACUGGCAUGGUCCCUCCUCUGGCGGGGACCCUACUAUGUCAAGGCUCUUUGUCAUCGAGGAAGUAGUCUUUUCAAAAGCUUUGUACGGCGAAAAGACACCAAGGAGGCGCGUCUUCACCGUCUCCGCUUGCGGGAACUUUGUCCUCCUUGUUGCCGGUGGCGAAAUCUUGGUUUACAGACUUUGGGACGCGGAACAUUCCAUGCUGCCAGUGGUUCGGCUUGCCCCUGGCAUCGAUGUUUUGGGGGUAAGUAUGGACUCGAGCUCGGGAAGAUACUCCGUAGCAGCCCUCCUUGAAGGCCGCAAAGGUAUGCUUUGGGACAUCAGCUCAAGUCCACCAGAGGCGCAGCAUGACAAUGGUCCCGGUGAUACGGGUGAACCGCUCGAUUUAGGGUUGCAGACUGAUGUUCAGAGCUCAUCCAGCAUCCCGGUAUCACAAACUCUCACCUUCGGUUUGCCUAUGCGGUUCCAUGAAUGGCUUGCAGCUAAUGCCGAGGGCCACGAGUCAUCGCCGCUUGCCAUAUUAAACGGGACUCCUUCGACGGGCUUCGACGAGCAAUUGCGUGGAGAGAGCAGUACACCACGUAGCAGCUCGGCAGACGACUCGAGUGACGAGUAUGAUGGUGUGAAGAUACCGGUUCAGACUCGACCAACGGCCGUCUAUAGCCAACUUGGCAGCUCGGACGAUCUUCCUCGAAGCGUUGCGAUUUGCCCUAACCGAAAGUGCGUCGCAUUCGGUUGCCGACUGGGCAUCGAGCUUCACUGGGUUAACGCCCUGACUGGAGGAGAUCUCAAUCGCUGGUUUCCACUCGCCGCCCCGAGCGACUAUCUUUACUUCCUGCCUCAGCGACCUGGGAUCGACUCAAGGAAGAAGUUGAGGCUGAUCUCCAGCGCUGCCGGCCCUGCGCCGAUGCAGUCAUACAGGAGCGACGGUCUCCCUGUAAGAUGGCAGUACUGGCCUACUUCCGUGGCGCACGGUCGUCGGCAGAGCACGACAAGGUUAUUCUUUGGAAAUCUGCCCUUUCCAGCAUCAGCUGUCCCGUCCGGGAACUUGUCCGAUUCGGAGACACCGGCAGAGGGAGACGAUGUACAGGGUAUCCUGAGAACGGUUGAUUGCGACCACUUCCGUGCAGUUCCAAUCAGUGAUGGUUGUCACUUACUCUUUACCGAUCCGUUGACUGGGUUACUUUGCCUAGGCAGCGAUGCGCCGUUCGGAGGACCAACAAAGCUCACCCGCAAAGUGGUGUUUGUACCUCCAACAAUCCAAAAGGAACAACGAAGCCCGCCAUUGCUCUACUCUGCCGGCCAGGCUCUCGAAUGGGGCUUGCGUGUAGUCGCCUUCCACGCUGACGGAUGCGUUGUGCUUUACAGUGUCCCAGCCGACAUAUUACAACGCGUUCAAGCAUCGAAUACCACUACCGAUGCUUGGGUCGACAAUCCGGAUGUCCCAGGCGGCAGUGCUUCAAGUAGGGACUCACAGAUGAAUGCGACUCCAGCCGCAUCGAUGGACUCAGACCAAGCCUCGGGGAACAGUCAAGUCAUAUCAGACAGAUCGAUCAGGAUCCCUGGUGCUCUCAUUGCCCGCGUCGAGGAAGACUCCGUCGACGACCUUGCUAUCAAGUCAGAUGGUGGUGACUUUUCGCUCUGGAUUUUCUACCGAAGUGGCCGUUCUGAGCUAUAUCGUAUUUAUUCCGCCCGCGAUGUUGGAAAGAGAAUCCGUCGCGUGGGAGACAACGGUCUUGUCUAUGAUGUCCAGAACGACAACGAAGAAGAGUCACCCUGGGAAGAUGAAGCCACAUCGAAGGGCAAAAGUUCAUUAAGCCAUGUCAAAUGGGCAGACACGGAUGGGUCUUCCAAGGUACCACUCCCCUGA